AUGGACUCUGCCGAUAUGAGACGCGGUGCGCCAAAACCUCCCCGUGUAUCUCACGCCUGUACGCGGUGCCAGGUGCAGAAAGCCAAAUGCUCAGGCGCACCACGUUGCCAGAAAUGUCGACAGGAAGGCACGCUCUGUACCUUUAGCGAACGGAGGCGCGCUCGACUUGACAGGGCUCUGGCUGAGAACCGCAAAGAGAUUGCGGACCUGGAAUCUCAGAACCGCUGUCUCGUACAGGCUUUGCGCAGAGUCCUGCGUACGAGCCCGGAUCUCCUAUCGAAGGACCACCAUCGGGGGCUAUCGGAUCUCAUGGACGAGUAUGAUCAUGAUCCGCCGAGGUCGAGAAGUGAUUCUCAUUCCCCAACCACCUACAACGACGGCGCAGCACCACCACCACUCACGCGCAGCAACUACAACUGUGACUACGACUACAACUCGCCGCUUUCGCUCUCGCUUUCGCCUUUGCAAAGGGCCGAAGAGUCCCCUGUGUCGUCUCCUGAUCGUAACGGACAUGGUGUCGGCGGAGAACUCGGCCGAUGGAAAGGGCCAAGACCACUCUCACUGUCACUGCUGAGAGAUGAAUCUACGGAUUCGACAAUGUCAAAUGACGGGAUGGACGAGGUGACCAAGGCCAGAGCUGCCCCAAUGGCACGAUACACUACCACCACUACCACUACCACUACCACUACUCCGACCACGUGUGCGCUCGCCGGUGGUAGGGAUCUCAGCGCCAUAACUAGUGACGGCCAGCGCAGGGCAGAUGCACGUCACGUCAGGAAUGUGAACGUGGACGGAAACGUGAUUGUUAACGCUGACGUGGAUGCAGAUGUGAGCGUUUUGCCAGUGACUUCGAUAUAUUACAUUCUGGACUAA